GUUUAAGCAGUCGAACCGUGUACAAUUAUAUUUCAAAAACCAACAGAAAGCAAAAAUUCCCAUAGUUUCCUGGAUCCUUAUAUAUUUAGUAUCAUAUCAUGUUUGAGACCUCGCUGCUGAUCAUAAAGCCAGACUAUCUGCACAAGCGUCGUCCGGUGCUACUGAAACUGCUGGCCGAGGGCUUCCUGCUGAAGGGUAGCCGCAAGCUGGCCUUCUCCCCGGAGCUGGCGGCCGAGUUCUAUGCGGACUAUGCCGACGAGCAGGGCUUCAUGCUGGAGGUUAUACUGCUGUCCAAGGGCGUCUCGGAAGCCUUCAUUGUGACCAAAGAGAAUGCGGUGCAGACGCUGCUCAACACCAUGAUCUGCUAUUUCGGAACGUCCGCGGACCUAGAGCGCAACAUACACGUGACCAAGCACGCCCAGAGCGUGGCUCGCGAGAUCAAUUUCAUCUUUCCGAACUACAUUCACGAGCCCACUGAUUUCUUCGAGCGCCAAAGGUUCUGCAACCGACCCAUGCUGAAGCCCCUGAUCGGCGAGGUCUACCACAUCCUGCAGAACGCGGACUGCAGCCAGGACAACUGGAAGAUGCGCGUAGCCGACUACUUGGUGCGCAGCAACCCCAAGCUGCCGCAAGUAAGCAACCAGUGCCAGGAGCGUCCCGAUGUGGGCAUCCAGAACAAAGCGCAGCAGACUGUCAUGACAUAUCCCUCGGCCGCUCGAGACGCCCAGCCGCGCGACAAGCAGAAGUCCAAGAGCAGCACUUCCUUGCUGUCCAGCAGCUCGCCGCACUCCUCCAUGCUGCUAACAUCCUCCUCGUGUGUCACUUGCGGCGGCUUCGAUCGCUCCGAGCCGUGCCCAGCCGAGCUGGAUCUCGACAAGCGCGUGGAGCCCCAGAGCGAGGAGCCCGCCUGCGUGGGCGAGGAGAUCUUGUGGAAGGAGGUUAUCGUCUACGAAGAAGUUGUUCCGGAGGAAGAGGCGUCCAGGGACGAAGCCUUGGAGGUCGAGGAGGAGGGCGAGGGCGAGCAGCUCGACAGCUCGGAUAUCGAGUCGGAUCACAGCACGGUGGCGCCGCCUCCACCACCGAAGCCUCAAAGCGAGUCCGAGUCGGAGCCAGAAGCUGCUGCAGAAGCUGCUGCAGAAGCUGCUCCAGAAGCUGCUCCAGUGGCUGCCGAAGAAGCCCCAGCUCCAGCUCCAGCUGCGGCUGAUUAGGUCUCCCACCCCACACCUGUUGCCUCAUCAUUUAAGCUUUUCCAAAUGUUUUUUUCUGUUCCGUUCUGCCUCUGCCUCUGGCCCCUGCCCCUGCCACAUGCAUAGAAAAAAUGUAAAAACUGCAAGCAAAAAAAUGCGCGCAAUUUGUUUGCCUCCCUCCCCCCUCCCCCCUCCGCUGCCACUGCGGCCCUCCUGCAGCGGGCAAUGCGCACUCGCAGAAGCAGAGGAAAGGGUACUGGGCCUGUAGUUUCUCACUCGUCUGUCCACUCACACCGUCGCACAGGACGUGGCAAGUGCAGCAGCAACAGCAGCGGCAGCAGCAGCAGAGGCAUAAAAACGUCGUCAGAGCGCUUUCGACUUUCCCGCCAGAGUGAGCAGAGUUUUCCUUUGCAAUUUUCCAGCAAGUGUCCAAUAAAAAAUGGAGUAAAACGAGAA